GCGCUUAGAGCGUGUUUCUGAUUGUUGGCAUUAUCUCCGGGUCCGGUUGCCACGUCCUGCGGAAUGAGGCGGGAAUUUCUGCCCGCACACACACACUAACUUCAUGCUUCCUGCAUACACUGAAAGAAUGGAGACAUCCGAUUUUCAUCCGUGUCCUGCUCGGCGCCAAUCAAAAACUUGCCUGCCCGUUGCCGUUGUCCGAUUCUUGGACUUUUGGGCUGGCUUUGUGGCCUUUCGAUCCGAUCCGAUGCGAUGCGAUGCGAUCCGCUCCGGUGUGUGUCAAAGCAUAUUUGCCAAUUGGCUGCGCUUUGUGCCCGGCAAAGUCGGCAAAUGCCAGCGGGCCGAAAGUCAGCCAGGCGGUGGUGGCGGGCAAACGAAAACGCAUGGGUUUUCCAGGCUCUUCUGCUGCAUUUCAAUUUGCAUCUGGACUGAGCGUGAUUCCCCCACAAAUAACUAUAUACCCGUAUACAGUACAGUAGUUACUGGCUUAAAGGGACGCUAAACAAUGACUGGAUCGUGCCUUUUGCUGGGCAAGACUGCUUAUCAUAAAUGACAAAUCUAGAAGUGAAUGCGAAUGCUAAACGACCAACAACUAAAU